CAUCAAACGCGCCGACAAGAAGUCGGGAUACCUAUCGCUAACACGCCGCGUUUAAUGGCAAACCAGCAAAGUCGACGCUACCGGAUAGAGCGAGCGCUCACAAAGUUGGCGGUGUGUUUAAAUUGUUAACUUGUCGCAAGUUUCGAAACUUUUUUGUGUUAAAAUACAUUCUUGACAAAACUUAAUAUUUAUUGGUUGAUAAGGUAAACUUUGCAAGUUGGUUUGUUAAGUUUGUGGGAUGUUUAUCGAAGUUUAUUUAAAAACUUCACAACAAAAGGAUGUUUCAGAUUGAACCAACAUAGGGUUUUCCAUAAAUUAAACCCAAAAAUUAAUUAUGGAAUUUAUGGAAACUAAUGAUUCAACAGUAACGAAUAUAACUUAUUAUGAUAAUAUUGAUAAUGACCUCUUAUUGCCCAAAUAUGGGUAUAUUUUUGCAGCGACUGUUUUAAGUUUAAUAGGAUUUUUUGGAUUUACACUUAAUCUAAUGGUUAUCGUAUUGAUGAUAAAAGAAAAAUUGGUCAGUUCUCCACUCAACAUUAUUUUGUUUAAUCUGGUAUGCAGUGAUUUUUCCGUUUCAAUAUUUGGAAACCCAUUUACUUUUGCAUCAGCUGUGGCACAUAAAUGGAUAUGGGGGAAAACAAUGUGCCACAUGUAUGGAUUUUUUAUGUCACUUUUAGGUAUAACCUCAAUAACAACGUUAACAGUAUUGGCUUUCGAAAGAUAUAUGAUAGUUUGUCACGCGUUUUCUAAAUAUACCUUAUCGAAUAAACGCUCUGUAUAUACAGUGCUCGGUAUUUGGAUAUAUUCUGCAAUAUUAACCGUUCCACCCCUUUUUGGGUGGGGCAAGUACGUCACGGAAUCAGCCAAUAUAAGUUGUUCUGUAAAUUGGGCCGAGCAAACAUUCAACGCCCAAACGUAUAUUAUAUAUCUAUUUAUUUUUGGAUUGAAAGUCCCAUUGGUAGUAAUUAUAUAUAGUUAUAUUCACAUUAUUUCCACAAUUAAAAAGAACCAUAUGCAAGCCGGCCAAGUAACGAAAGCGGAAAACAGGGUAGCCUACAUGGUAUUGGUAAUGGUAGUAGCUUUUCUCUUUGCUUGGACUCCCUAUGCUGUGGUUUCUCUAAUAGCACAAUUUUGGGACGCAUCGCUAAUAAGUCCUGUAAUAUCAGUAGUUCCUGCUCUGAUAGCGAAAAGCAGCAUUUGUUAUAAUCCUAUAAUUUAUGUUGGUAUGAACACCCAGCUAAGAAAAUCCUUUUUGGAAAUGCUCCAUGUAAGUCAGCAUUCACAAAGCAAUGAAAUGUAUAGUGAAACAUUCACCGUUGGUGUUACCACCAGAUUGCAAGUUCCGUUGGUGUUAAAGUCAUCCGAUGAUUCAAAAGGAAAACUGAUAAAUGUAGAAAACGAGGGCAGGAUCUCCCUGAUUCAAAAACAUAUCCAAAGAGACCAGGAAAAAUACAAACUUAACGAAAUUACCAACCUGAACGGAGGGGACAAAAAUGAUAAUCAAAAAGAGAGACUUGACGAAAAUAAAUGUCAAAUAACGACAGUCUAAACAUCGCAUCAAAAAGAUUUUUAUGAAGGACGCGUCGCAACGGUCUUGAAAUACCUAUGAGCUUUAUAAAUAAUUAUAUAUUUUUUGUAGAAAUUUUAUUAGUGUAUUAUAAUGCUAUACGUGUUAAUAUUGUAUUUAUAUUAGAUGGUUUUUCAUCCUAUAAAACCUUUCUUUUUAAAUUGUCUUCAAUUUUAC